UUGCCUGAUGCAGGGAUAUGACAUCAAGCCGAAUCGAAGGUCGUGAGAACCGGAAGGCAACAGUCGGCACCUUCUCAAGACUACUAUAUAAACAGGGAUGAUCUUCUCAAAUUGGACGGUCAGUAGACAGCAGCAACUGACAGAAUCAAUCAUCCACCAUGGUCGUCAACAUCACCGCCGAAGAUCCUCAGCCCACCAUCCACAGCCACAUCAAUGGCACCACCAGCGAGAUUCUCGAUCGGCUCUGCGUCACCGAGCUUCUCAAGGGCUGGCCGGUAUACCGAGACGCCUCGGAAUGGGCCCACUACCGCAACUGUUUUGCCGAGCAGGCUUACAUCUUCACAAGUCUGUCUUUACCCUCUCUGGCUUCCCCUCCCGACCUGUUAGCUAAUUUAAUCUCCCCGGAACAGCAUGGAGCGGUGGAAUGCCCAUCGACGAGUUCAUUGAAGUCUCCAAAAAGGGUCGGCGCAACGGCGACCACAUCAUGCAUCGCGAGAACGGCACCCUGGUGGAGUUGAACUCGGAGACCGGCCGCGCCGUGGGAAAGAUGAAGGCCACUAUCACCCAGCGCUUUGACUUCGACGGAGUGGAGUGUGACGUCGAAUGCGACUGUCGGUUCAUCAUGUGGUGCCAGAAGGACUCUGCUGGUUGGAAGGUGCACUACAAGCGGUUGUUUUAUGAAAAGGAUAAGAUCCUCCCCGUCGAUGGCAAGAAUGUCCCCGACUUUACGGCAGAGGAACUGAAGCCGUACCCCUACGGAUACCGAUAUCUCGGCGCAGCGCAGGCCCGUCUGGGCCAUAAGAUUAAGCUGGACUUGCCGACCAUGGAGGACAAUGACAAGUUUCGGGGAAUGUAUGAGGCGAUGGAAAAGUGGCUGAGAGGGGAGGAUAUCAAGGAGACCUUGGGCAUCCCGCUAUGAUGAUGAUGAUGAUGAUAAUGAUUCUUUUUAUUCAUAAUGGAUGUUGUAUUUAAAUUCAAAUGAACUAUUCGCUAAGUU